AUGGUCGCUACCAUCAAGAAGUACAAGGCUGCCGCCGUCAAUGCCGAGCCUGGCUGGCUCAAUCUUGAGCUCUCAGUUCAAAAGACCAUUCACUGGAUCAACGAGGCUGGUCAGAAUGGCUGCAAGCUGAUUGCCUUCCCUGAGCUCUGGAUCCCUGGCUACCCUUACUGGAUGUGGCGUGUCAACUACCAAGAGUCAUUGCCUCUUCUGAAGAAGUACCGCGAGAACAGUCUUCCCAGUGACAGUCCUGAGAUGCACCGUAUUCGUGCAGCUGCAAAGGAGAACCAGAUCUUCGUUUCUCUUGGUUACUCUGAAGUUGAUCUGAACUCGCUUUACACUACUCAAGUCUUGGUCUCACCAACCGGUGAUAUCUUGAACCACCGCCGCAAGAUCCGCGCUACUCAUGUCGAGAGACUUGUCUUUGGAGAUGGCACCGGCGACACCACCGAGUCGGUCGUCGACACAGAGAUCGGUCGCAUCGGCCAACUCAACUGCUGGGAAAACAUGAACCCCUUCCUCAAGUCCUACGCUGUCAGCAAAGGCGAACAAGUCCACAUCGCCGGCUGGCCACUCUACCCUCACGCCACAACCCUUAAAUACCCCGAUCCCUACACCAACAUCUCCGAUGCGAACGCCGAUAUCGUUACUCCCGCCUACGCCAUCGAGACUGGCUCCUUCACUCUUGCUCCUUUCCAGAUGAUUUCCAAGGAGGGCGUUGAUUUGCAGACACCUCCUGGCAAGGAACGCGAAGACCACAGAAUCUACAAUGGAAACACCAGAAUCUAUGGUCCUGAUGGUCAGUUGCUGAUCGCCAAGCCCAGUGACGACUUUGAGGGUUUGGUGUAUGUUGACAUUGAUCUUGACGAGACGCAUUUGAGCAAGGCUUUGAAUGACUUCGGCGGUCAUUACAUGCGUCCCGACCUUCUUCGCCUCGUCGUUGACACCGACCGCAAGAGUCUGGUCAAUAGAGUUGAUGGAAGCGGCAAGUUCAUCGUUGAGAAGACAGUUGAUCGCGUGGGUUUGAGCACUCCUUUCAAGGACUUGCCUAUUGCCCAGAAGAGUGAGAGCAACUCCGUUGUUGCCCAAGAUCAAGAGUAA